GCACCUCCUCUCUCCUGACCAGGAGCUUUCCUGCAACUUCACCGGUGACCGGUUGGCCGACUCCACCAUCACACUCGCGUUGGCCCUUGAACUCCUCUCUCUCGUGACCACGCCCCUUAUUCCUCUACAUCCAAUCCCGACAUGGAGCCCAUCAAGGUCCAAUCAGAAGGUGGACUGAAUGUGACCCUCACCAUCAGGCUGCUGAUGCACGGCAAGGAGGUUGGAAGCAUCAUAGGAAAGAAAGGAGAGACUGUGAAGAAAAUGCGCGAAGACAGCGGAGCCCGUAUCAACAUCUCAGAGGGGAACUGCCCUGAACGGAUAGUCACCAUCACCGGGCCGACAGAUGCUAUUUUCAAGGCCUUUGCCAUGAUAGCCUACAAGUUUGAGGAGGAUAUAAUCAAUUCCAUGAGCAACAGUCCAGCCACCAGUAAACCCCCUGUAACCCUGAGGCUUGUCGUCCCAGCCAGCCAGUGUGGCUCCCUCAUUGGCAAAGGAGGCUCCAAAAUCAAAGAAAUGAGAGAGUCCACGGGAGCCCAGGUCCAGGUUGCAGGUGACAUGCUCCCCAACUCCACCGAGAGAGCAGUGACGAUCUCAGGGGCCCCAGAAGCCAUCAUCCAGUGUGUCAAACAGAUAUGUGUGGUGAUGCUUGAGUCCCCACCGAAAGGUGCCACCAUUCCCUACCGCCCCAAGCCUGCCUCCACCCCUGUCAUUUUUUCAGGUGGCCAGGUAAGAGCAGACCCACUGGGGGCGUCCACAGCCAACCUCAGCCUCUUACUGCAGCACCAGCCACUGCCUGCUUAUACCAUUCAAGGACAGUACGCCAUCCCUCAUCCAGAUCAGUUGAGCAAGCUCCACCAGUUGGCUAUGCAGCAAACCCCCUUUACCCCCCUCGGACAGACCACCCCUGCCUUCCCCGCAGCAGGUCUGGAUGCCAGUAACCAGGCCAGUACUCAUGAACUCACCAUUCCCAAUGAUCUAAUAGGCUGCAUAAUCGGACGCCAGGGAACCAAAAUCAACGAGAUCCGUCAGAUGUCUGGGGCGCAGAUCAAAAUUGCUAACGCCAUGGAAGGGUCAUCGGAGCGCCAGAUCACCAUCACAGGGACCCCCGCCAACAUCAGCCUGGCCCAGUACCUCAUCAAUGCAAGGUUCAGAGACGUGGCGGCCAUGUGGAAUGACCCAUCUUCCAUGACCACAUCCUGAGAUCCCUGACUGGCUCCUCCGUUUGGCCCUUUCCAAUGACUGACUACCGCAGACAACCCUGAUGAAGCCCUUUGGACUCUGGCUCUGGCUCUCCGAAAACCUCGACCACCUUCCCACCCUGGUUCAAAAUUGUUAGUGCAUCAGAGAGGGAUGGGUGCUCACUUUUAUUUCAGAGAGCCAAAUUAAACACACACACACACAAAAAAAAGAAUUACAAAAAAGAAACUCUCUGUUGAUUAGGUUUUUUAGAGAACUGUUGAAGCAUGUUGAAUGUUUAUUAGGAACAACUUGUGUUAAUCUUUCUUUCUUCUUUUUCUCUAUUGCUUUCUCUUUCUCUCUGUCAGUGCUGCGUCAUAGAACAUCAUUUAAAAGUAUAAGAAGUACUAGUAAAAGAUUGAACAUUUUCGUAGAACGUAGUUAUUUGCAUAUUACAGCUGCUCAGUGAUGCUAUCGGCAGAGUGUGUGGUGGGAUGUAGCCAAAUUAUCAAAUUUUGAUAAUACAUUUUGAAAAGAAAAAAAAAUUGGACUGUUCUGCGUUUGUCCUAAUUUGCAUCUUUGUCUACUUACAAAUCCAAUCUCUACCCAUGACUCUUUGCUGCAUCACAUGACCCUUUUAAGCCAAUGGUAUCACUCCUCGAGCCUCCCUUCUCGUGUUAAUUUCCUGUAUUUACAUUAUUGCUUAUAUUGCAUGUGUUCAGUGUCGUAUCAUUGUGUAUUUGAGUAAGCCUGUUCAGUGUAUGUGUUCCUUCACAUGUUAUUAUUAUAUCUUUGUGCUCCUGUUCUUUUCCGCAAACUUUUUCAGCAUUUUUGGCCAUUCACGUCUAGUCCUACUCCCUGCCCAGACGAAAAACUUUCCGCCAUAGCCUCCUUCUAUCAACACCGAUUAUUAGUAUAUAGAUGCAUGAAUGGGAAUUAGUGAAAAAUCAGUGGUGAAAACACUGACUGAAAAUUUAAAUGAUUGUUUACUAACUUAUUAUUAUUAUACUGUAUUUGUUUUGUACAAGGACUAUUGUGACUUAGCACAUUAGUCGACUACGCGGCGCUCAUGCAAUAGACUAUUCAACACUUUACUCUGGACUGCCUCUGAUGUGAUGGGAGGAAUUAGUUGGACUUAAAAGCCAAGUGUUGCGUCCAAACCUUUCUGCUUCCUUCCCUUGUGCCGGAAAGUAUUCGCUAGGCUGCUAGCAAAAAAAUAAAAAAAUAAAAAACUUCUGGGUCCUUGUGGAAGCUUUUGAGAAAAGUCAAAAACAAGGGAAAGAAGCCGAAUCUUAACGGCAAAGUGGCCCAAAUGUUUGGACGAAGCCGAAUGGUAUUUUUUGAGCCAAGGAAUGUUCAGGGGUUCAUUGGGGGGAACCCACGGGGCCUGGGCGGACGUGACCACUCAGUCUCUUUUUCACGAUUGUUCAUCUUGUCAUGUUCUUUUCGUUGUCAUACGGUUGAUUUGACGCUUUAGGUUUGAAUGUCUUUUUAUUGUCACGACUAUGUCAGCAACUUAAUUGUUUUUAUUUAAAAAAGGACAGGUUGGAUGACAAUUCCUGCUUCGCUGGUUUUCAGUAAAACCGGUAUGUAUUUAUUUACGAUGUGGUGAUGCACAUAUGACAUUUUGUUUGUUGAUCAUGAAACUUAAGCUAAGUUAGUUUUGUUGUAUUGUAUUUUAUUUGAGAGGGAGGUGUGGAUGAUAUUUGGUACGAUUCAGUGUUUCAACCAUCCCACGCGUAUUCUACUCAUGAGGAUGCUCUAAUACUAUUGGACAGCUUGAGUCAUCUCAUUUCUGAGCUUCAGCUGAGCUCAAUUCAGUGUUGACGCAUACAAACAGCUGUUGAAUGUUAUUGUUGAAUCACGUUAUCUACUGUCCAACACGGCAACAUUCUGCAUUUUCUUCAUACGUACCACUACUUUUGUUUUAUUUCCAGUAGCCUAUGCUGAGCUAAAAGAAAAAGUUUGACAUUUUGAGAAAUAUGUCGAUUUGCUUUCUUGCUGAGUCUCAGACAAGACAUUUGAUACCAAACUCAUGUCUGUACACUAAAUACAAAGCUACCGCCAUCAGCCAGCUAACUUAGCUUAGCAUAAAGACUGGAUAUACAGCUAGAGCAAAUACACAUAUUUGCAGAAAUGUCAAAUUUUUCUUUUAAGUUUGGCUCUUAAGCGCUUUGAUGACAUAAAUGUGAUUAUGUAAAUGGACCAAAUGCUGUAUCAAUAUACUGAAGGACGCAUAGUCAGUGAUUAUUCUGCAAUAAUUCUUACAUUUUGAUGUGAACUCAAGUAGUAGUGCUAGCAUUGACAUUAUGGAUUUGUGUUUAUUUUAUUUUCAGUUGUCAUAGCUUGUACUUCAGUGGAAAUGUUUGUCAAAUGAACAAGCUGAAAUUCUGUUUUUUGGCAAACUUGCUUUUUAGAGCAGUUAGCUAAUACCUAAGAGGGCAUUCUUUCCGAAUUACCCACAUACUGUAACAGUGAAGAACAUCCUCAAGGGUAUUAUGGCUUUUAUACAACAGUUAUCAGUGCAUGUGUACCAUUGAAAUGUUUGCUUAAAACAUGGAUAAUCAAGGAUUGCUAAUGGUUAAUAGCACGUGCAUUUGACAAAUUAUUGUUGUGUAAUUUGAAUUUGAUUGCUAAGCAGGAAUAUUGAGUUGUAAGUGAUGGCAGUGUGAUUUCAAUAACAUCAAUAUUCAUGUGUUACUCAGUGUUUGAAAACUGUAUUUACAUUUGUGUAUAUGCCUGAGUAUACUACGACUUUGAAACAAACUGCAACUAAUGCAAUAAUAGGGUGCAAUGUGCAAUUAUUUAUUCAGUUAUUUAGUUAUUAGCAUAGAUAACAGGAGAGCUGUGUAGCUUGUUGAAAAAAGCUUUUUUGAAAUUUUACCACUAUCCAUGUGGCAGCAACAGCAGGAAAAAAAGAAUGACUAGACAUUUUUUUUUUGUUUUUUUUCAGCUUUCGUUUGUGUGUCUUGCAGUUUGGGGAAAAAAGUGAUAGAACUUUGUAACUAUUUUUGAUUGAUUUAUUUGCUAUGUGCAGAUCUAUAUUAGUUGUGAGUAAUUACAUAGGUUUUAAUUUCAAAGU